UUCCUUCGAUAGUAUUAAAAGUGCCAUCGAUUGUUUGACAGCAUAUUCGUAGUUCAUAUAAGUUAUAAGAUAAGAGCCAAAUUCUGAAAAUAUAAAAAAACAGCAAGAAAUGGAAGAAUAUGCCCGAGAACCAUGUCCUUAUAGAAUUGUGGAUGAUUGCGGAGGUGCUUUCGCCAUGGGAUGUAUAGGAGGUGGAGUCUUUCAGGCUAUUAAGGGAUUUCGUAAUGCCCCUUCUGGUAUGAGUAGAAGAUUGAUCGGAAGUAUGACUGCUAUAAAAACCCGCUCACCCGUAAUAGCUGGAAAUUUCGCAGUUUGGGGUGGUAUGUUUAGUACUAUUGAUUGCACGCUCGUUCACUUUCGAAAAAAGGAAGACCCAUGGAACUCAAUAAUAAGCGGAGCUGCAACUGGAGGAAUAUUAGCUGCAAGAAAUGGUGUUCCUGCUAUGGCCGGAAGUGCGAUAAUAGGCGGAGUUCUCUUGGCUCUAAUAGAAGGCGUUGGAAUAUUAUUCACGAGAAUAUCUGCUGAUCAAUUCCGAAAUCCACCUCCACCAACGGAAGAUCCAGCCGCUCUUGGCGACCCAGCAAGCAAUUUCACGUUUGGGACCCCUACUAACCAAAAGCAAUAUCAAUAAAAUUUGUUUAUUUCAUAGCUCAUAAAUAAAAUACACAAAAUUCCAUAAAAUUUGCAAUGCAGCGAAUAAAUGCUCUCGCACUUGGAUAACA